CCGAUCAUUCAUUCCCUUUGCCUACGACUGCUACCUCCCCCUCCUUCCAUCUUCGAUAGACGACCAAAUAAUGGCGGUAUUCGACGUCUGAAUCCUCGUACUGAUCUUAUACUGCAUACAGACAGACAGACCCUUCUUCUUCCUUAGUUCCCUAUAGCUAGCUCUAGCUAGGAGACCGAUCAUGAGCAUCUCGGUGAACGGGCAGUCGGUGGUGCCGCCGGGGUUCCGUUUCCACCCGACGGAGGAGGAGCUGCUGACCUACUACCUGAAGAAGAAGGUGGCGUCGGAGCGCAUCGACCUGGACGUCAUCCGCGACGUCGACCUGAACAAGCUGGAGCCAUGGGACAUCCAAGAGAAGUGCCGCAUCGGUUCGGGCCCCCAGAACGACUGGUACUUCUUCAGCCACAAGGACAAGAAGUACCCGACGGGGACGCGCACCAACCGCGCCACCGCCGCCGGGUUCUGGAAGGCCACCGGCCGCGACAAGGCCAUCUACGCCUCGCCGGGCGCCCGCCGCAUCGGCAUGCGCAAGACGCUCGUCUUCUACAAGGGCCGCGCCCCGCACGGGCAGAAGUCCGACUGGAUCAUGCACGAGUACCGCCUCGAGGCGCCCGUCGACGCCGGCGCCGGCGCCGCGCACCACCUGCUGCUCCCCGCCGCCGAACAUCCUCCCUACUACACCUCGCCGCCGCAGGCGCCUUCUUCUACUACUACCGCAACGAUCCGUGGCGCGGCGGGAGACCAAGCGGCGCAGGAGCAGGAGGGGUGGGUGAUCUGCAGGGUGUUCAAGAAGAAGAACCUCGUGCACCACGGCCAGAGCAGCGGCGUGAAGCAGCAGGCAGCAGGAGACGACCACGCGGCGUCCCAUACGGCGGCGGCGGCAGCGCACAUGGACGAGAGCAGCCCGAGCCAGUGCUCGUCGGUGACCGUCAUCAGCGACCACGUGCACGCCAACGUUAACGACAAGCAGCAGCAGGCGCAGGCGUCGUUGCUGAUGAUGCACACGCACCACUCCGCCAGCAGCGACGACGACGCGCUGGACCACAUCCUGCAGCAGUACAUGGGCGGCGGCAGGCAGGCGCCCGCGCCGGACACCAAGCCGGCGCUGCUGGAGCAGCUGGACCAUCUGCACCACCACCUUGCCGCAGCGCCUACUACUAGGGCCGCCGCCGGCUUCUACUACGGGAAGUUCAUGAAGCUCCCGCCCCUCGAGCACGCCGGCCUGCCGCCAAGCCCACCACCACCAGGAGCGCGCGAGUACGGCGCCGCCGCCGCCGCCGGCUGGGACGACGACGACGACGCGCUGGACCGCCUCGCCGCCUACGACCACCUCAACGGCCUCUCCAACGACGCGUCCAAGAACAUGGCCGCGUUCUUCGACGUCGAGCCUAGCGCCGCCGCCGCCGCCGCCGUGGACGGCGACCUGUGGAGCCUCGCACGGUCCGUGUCGGCGCUGCACGCGGACUUGACCAUGAACAACAACGUCUAGCUCCCGACCAACAACAACAGGGCCCCGAUACACAUCCAUAUGGCGUGUGCAUGCAUGCAUGCACGCAUUGCAUACCGCGCGCACCACUAACCACUCGACCAGCAUGCAUGCAUACGUGCGCACCCCACCCGCGCCCGGGGCCGCUAGUGCGUCGUGCUCCCGUAGUGCGUGCAUGCAUGGCCGCCGCACGUACGUAUUGCACGCUCGCUCGCGCGUACGUGUACGUACGUACGUACGUGCGCGAAUAAGCUAGCUAGCCCUAGGAUCGGAAACAUAUGUAUGCAUAUCCAUUGCAUGGCCGGAUGUACAUCAGGAGCUGCUGCUGGUGUAUGUCCGCCGCCGCCGUCCAAACUCCAAAGUGAGCUGAGAUCGAUCGAUCGAGCUCGCUCGCUCCAGGUGUGCAGUACGUACGUACGUAAGCGCCUGUGUAUGUGUAAGCAGACAGCGUGGUAGUAGCUCUAGCUAGUAGAACAUACUUACACACACUAUAUACUGCAUACCGUUUGUACCUAUCAUAUAUAGAUUACUACUGUAUUAUUGCAAACCGCUUUGGGGGGUUUUUUUAGGGAGUGCAGUGAGGUGUGAUAUCAUUUCACCUAAUUUAAUUUGCUAGUGCU